AUGGCUGCAUUUGCAAGUGUCGUUAGACGCGUGAAAGAUACUGUAAUAAUUUUUUCAAUUUGUUAUUUCGUCGUUCUCUCGUCUCUUCAAGCAUGUGCAAGUCUUUUGGAUCCCAGUCUGAUAAGUAUGGAACUUCAAAGUUUUGCCAGAGAUGCUCUUGGCGUGGAAGAAAUGCAGGUAAAACUGAUGUGUUAAGUACUUGCUUAGAAAAGAACACUAUAUACUCCUUUAGAAGAGAUCCCAGUCACAAAGAGCCCACAAAUAGUAACUGAUACUGUUGUUAGCUAAAUUUAUAAGUGUUACGGAUAACCAGUGAAGUUCAAUGAAUAUAAUUUGAAACUCAGGAACUACGCCAGGAUAUAGAACUUGUCAUGAUAAUGCAGCGAAACAACCGACAUGUACAGGCAGAAUUAAAAAACUUAAUUUUUCUAAUUCCACUGACACGAGACAUUCAAUGCUAAAAGUUUCAGGAUGCGUCAGUCAGUCAUUUGAUGCAGAUGUAUCCUAGUUAAGUUUCCAUCGACGUUACACUUCUAGCAAAAUAUUAUUACAUGUUCUGGGAUACGAAGAUAAGAAAAACCACAAAAAAACCACCCUUUAGAAGUGGUGAAAAAAUGUUAGAAAACGUAUUCCCCUACUAAUGCCGUGGCACGAAACCCCGCCGGGGAAUGGGUUUAAGCGAAUAACUUAGAACAGUGAAUACCUUGUCACACAGACUACUCCAAAGCGACUAAAAUAAUUAAUUUCAAAGAAGGUAGGUCCAAAAGCCUAAAUGCAUAUUAAGUUAUAUACCGAAAUAAGGUUAUUCCAAAAAAAAAAAUACAGAUCUGAACACGUAAGGAUAUAAGCCAUCGGAAAAGAAAAUAUGCAAAACAAAACGAAAGCGAACACGGCGACUGAGCUGACGUAUUAUGCCACAAAUCCCGCGCCAAGACCAUAAUAGUCCGAAAACACCCCACGAACUGCCGCGCCCCUCUAAACCGUAACGUCCGAAUAUCAAUUUCUGAGUAAUUCGUUCCCAUGUCUCUCAAUCGUCAGGAAUUUCUUUUUGCGGCUGUGCAGAGUCUCGAGUAUUGCCGUAGCCCAAAACAAUCAAAAUUUUCAAGGGUGGAGAUAAAAACUGAAUUGAAUGUUUUUGCCCCAAAUAUGUCCAGGGUCCCCCCUUACCAGCAAAUUCCCUCAGGUGUAACAAAGAAAACAAAGAGCUGAUGGCGUAAUGAGUUAAGCAAAAUUAGAUGAAAAUUAAGGCUAUAUUCACACUACACAGGAUAGCUUUCGCGCCGGCACGAAAAUGUUAUUGGAUAGGGCUUCUUUUCACACAUAAGAACAGUGAUUUCGGCACGAUUUCUGUAGCGGAACGAAGCUGCGCACCGCCAAUCUCAAAGGUGGAGCGUCACUUGUUGGAUAAGUUCUGUGACAAACUCUUGUGUAAUGAGCACAGUAAUGCGGACCGUAGCGGAACAUAAUAAGUAGGAGUGAGGACUAGAAUCCACCGAGACGGAGGUAACAAAUAUCUAGGAUUUAGAAGUAGGAUUUAGUUCUCCAAACCCUCUCGGCUAACCGCUCCGGCACGAUGUUCAGUGUGUGAACGGCUUGUUCCAGUUCGAUGCCGUUUAUACUAUACCGGAUAGCAUUUCGUGUCGUCACGAAAAUCUAAUGUAUACGGUAUAUGUGAGCUAGCGUAGCCUAAAUAUGCAUGGUAAUCUUAACACCUGGGCCCAGUUGUUCGAAGGACGUUAUUACUGCUUAACCCGGGGUUAAAUUUAACCCGGUUUUCUCUUUCUUGUGUUCAAAAGUAUUUUCUCGGAUAAUUUUCUCUGAUAUAUUUAGAGUUUUCAAUCAUCAACUUGUAGACAAAAAGAAUCAAAACUGAAAUGCUUUUUAAGCUUUCAAAUCUGAAUUUAAAUCUCGCACUAACCCUGGGUUAUUGUAACCCAGCUUUGAACAACUCAGUCCUGAGCUUUACAGUCUUUUGACUUGAUAAAAGAGGAUGUUUUUUUUUUAUCUCUAACCUAAGCCUUUGCCACGUGAAACAUGACAGAGUAACCUAACUAGAGGUAAAAAUAUUUUCUUUUUGAUCUGAAGAUAAAAGGCAAUAACACUAUAAUAAAUUUGGCAUCUGCGAAGUCUUACGUAAUGCAUCCGAGUUAGCAAUCGGAGUUCGAAGAGAACGAGCGCUUUACUUCCUUUCUUUGCUUUACUUGGAAUAUAUUUGUCUUAGAACAGGAGAGCUGUUACAUGUAAAACAUCCCGGAAGUAAGUUUUCAAAUAAAAUAAGACAUUUAAAACUGGAUACUGCUUCAUAUAAUGACAAGGAAAAAAUUUAAAUGCAGGUAUUUUAAGAUAAUUUUUUUCUGAAAACGCAAAAGAAAUCUUAAUCUCAGCCAGAGCCUUUAUUUUCGUUCUCGUUUAGAUACAUUUGGAGAAACUCCAGUACCACAAGCAGACCAUGACUGGAGAAGAUACUCUUCCAUCUCUAGCUGCCAAACUUGCAGACAAG